UCUUUGAGUCGCAUUUGUAGUGUUUCAUCCCAAGGACAUGAUGGCAAGUGGAUUUGAUGACGUGACAACAUUUGAUUAUCUGACAGCAAGUGACUUUACUAAAGAUGAAUUUGACUUGGAAGAUACUGGGCUAUGUGAAAGAGAUUCCGUUCGGAUGUUCCGGGGUUACUAUGAGCCCCCGCUUUACUGGCUGAUUUUUGUCCUUGGAGCCGUUGGGAAUUUGAUGGUGGUGUGGAUCUACGUUCAUGUCCGCAAUCGCCUGAAGACCAUGACAGAUGUCUACCUGCUCAACCUGGCCAUUGCUGAUCUCCUCUUCCUCGGGACGUUGCCAUUCUGGGCUACUGACGCUAGCACUGGCUGGACCUUUGGCCUGGCCUUAUGUAAGAUUGUGUCAGCCAUCUACAAGAUCAACUUCUUCAGCAGCAUGCUUCUGCUUACUUGUAUCAGCAUUGACCGAUACAUAGCCAUCGUACGAGCAACCAAGGCCCAGAACUUCAAGAUGAAGCGACUUUUCUACAGCAAGCUUAUUUGCCUUGGUGUCUGGAUGCUAUCUGUCCUUUUAGCUAUCCCUGAAUUCCUUUUCGCCCAAGUUAAAGCAGAGAAGGAAAAACCCACCUGCUCCAUGGUCUACUGGGCCAAUGAAAAGAACAUCACCAAGAUCUUAGUUCUGUCCCUGCAGAUCUGCAUGGGUUUCUGCCUGCCCUUCCUGGUCAUGUGCUUUUGCUAUUCGGUGAUCAUCCGCACCCUACUGCAGGCAAAGAACUUUGAGAAGCACAAGGCCCUGCGAGUGAUCUUUGCAGUGGUGGCGGUGUUUGUCCUAUCCCAGUUACCGUACAAUGGCGCGUUGGUGGUUGAGGCUAGCCAGGCGGCCAAUAUGACCAUGACUGACUGCAAGAUGCUCCGUCAAUUUGAUAUUGCUAGCCAGGUGCUUCAAAGUCUGGCCUAUACCCAUAGUUGUCUCAACCCCUUCCUCUACGCCUUCAUUGGUGUGCGCUUCCGCAAAGAUCUCCUUAGUCUCCUACGUACAUGUACCAUUGGCCUUGGCCAGGGCCAGCUGAUCAAAGUGCAGGGUGUGCCAAAACGCCCCUCUGUCAUGUCGGACACUGAGACCACCCCAGCACUCUCCCUGUAAUCCUCCCGAUGCUUUCCAUAUCCUGAAAUGCCUAUACCCUGGGACACAAUACCAUGAUUUACUAUGCAAAACCCGGGAAAUGGCUAGUAUUUGGAGGACUUGUUUUCUCCAAGAGGACCAGGCACAUUAUCUGUCAAUCUGGAUAGAAUCUAGAUCAUGUAAACAUAGAUUUGCGUAGAUCUAUGCAGCAUGCGGGUAAACAUGAUCAUGAUGUUAUUAGCAUCCACAAUCCAUCGAUGGGUGAAAAGUUUGGUGGUAAAUAUGAAGGUAUAUCAUUUCAAGAGAUGAUGUCCUUUCCAGCUAUCUGCCAGAUUAUGUCCGAGAAAGCACAUACUUUGAGAGUUAUAUUAAAUGGCUGUGUGUUAUGUAAAUACUCUGUUUGUAUGAGUUUUGUGGUCACAUGCUAUUAUAUUGGUCUUCCUAACAAGUCCCUCCAUAAAUUCCAACUACUUCAGAAUGCUGCAGCUCGAGUUGUAACUCGUACCCCCUCCGGGGAACAUAUUACCCUAGUUCUACAACAGCUUCACUGGUUGCCCAUAGAAACUCGAAUAGCAUUCAAAAUUCUGCUGCUCACUUUAAAAUGCAUUUACAAUUUUGCCCCUCCCUAUCUAUGUGGCCCGCUUCACAUCGCCUCUCCAUCCUGAUCUCUCAGAUCUUCAUCUGCCACCCAUUUUAUUGUUCCCUCUGCCCGCCUCAUCAGCAUGGGAAACAGCUUUCAGUUGCUCUGCUCCCCGACUCUGGAACUCAUUUCUGCCAGAUAUCAGAAAUAUUGACUCUUUUUCAUUAUUUAAAUCAAAACUCAAAACCCAUCUGUUUAAAUUGGCUUACUCGCUUCAACCCAAUUGUUAUAUAAUUAUGUAAAUAACUUUUUUUUAAUUAUUUGGUUUUUAUUGUUUGUUUUUUUUAGUCUAUGUAAGGUGACCUUGGGAUUUAGAAAGAUGCCCACAAAUAAAAAUGUAUUAUAUACGUAGAGCUGUGGGGCAAUCAUUGUUAUCAAAAUGUUGAAAAAAAAUCUGUAUUUGUAGAUAAACCAAUAAAACAAUAAACACGAA